GAGUCAGAAAAAGGUGUGUGAGCGUCGCGAGAAGCCAAGCUACUCGUGGCUGCCAUCCCGUUCAGGAGGCUGGGAAUUUUCGGGGCAGGGAGUCUCCACCCAUUUCACCCCGAUUGGCUGAGCAGAGGAGAGUGACGCAGCAAGGGGCCAGCCCCUCCCAAAGGAGUCGGCACUUCCAGCACCCUGCCCAGCUGCCAGUAGUCGGGAGUUUUUCGCGUGUUUGUUUGUUUGCGGGAGAGUGCCUAUGCGCGCCUCCCGUACCUACCACCGUGUGAGAAAACCGACAGACCAUGUGGGACCCGGGUGCGCACAGGAAACAGGUGCCCCCUCACCGCCAGGAUGAGUAAAGGGACGUCAUACCAGACGGAUGGGGCAGACAUGAGUGACAUCACCGAGAACCUGGACACCCGCGACCUUGCCGUCGGAGAGGUGGAGGAUGACUUUGACGAGAGCGUGGUCAACCAUGUAGGGGAGGUUCAGAUCCCGUUUUCCUCAGUGUAUGAUGCCAUGGGCAUAAAGAACCCAGAGGCCAAGAUUUAUCUGGCCACCUUACCCAUCACUGCCCGAAUCUCGGAGGUGGAGAGAUUCACGUGCGCACAGGACCGUUUCAGAGACCGCAUCCGACACCGCAGGAGCGCGACCAAGGUGCUGCCAGCUGUCUUCAAGAUCGAGCUACGGCAUGGGAACUUCACCUGGACCGUGAAGAGGAAGGAGAAGCACUUUGUGGAGCUCCAUCGAGAGCUCCUGCGAUACAAAGCCUUCCUGAGGAUCCCUCUUCCCUCUCGCAGUCACACCGUGCAGAGGAAGAGCAUCAAGCGAGGUGAGGCACGACAGAUGCCCAACCUGCCCAAGGGUGGGAAUGAUGAGCUGGUUCGGGAAGAACAGGUUUCCAGCAGAAAGAAACAACUAGAGGACUAUCUGAACAACUUGCUGAAAAUGUCAGUCUACAGAAAAUACCAUGCUACAAUGGAGUUCAUUGAUGUGAGCCAGGUGUCCUUCAUCCAUGAACUGGGGCCGAAGGGCUUGGAGGGGAUGAUCUCCAAGCGUUCUGGGGGCCACCAUAUCCCAGGGCUCAACUGCGGGGGUCGCAGCAAGGUCUGCUACCAUUGGUCCAAACGGUGGCUGGUGGUCAAAGACUCCUUCUUGAUGUACAUGAAGCCAGACACUGGAGCUAUUUCCUUUGUCCUCCUGGUGGACAAAGAGUUCACCAUCAAAAUGGAUUCCAAGGACACCGAGACGAAGCACGGCAUCCGGAUUGACAGCCUGUCCAGAACUCUGCUGCUGAAGUUUACCAGCUUCCGUCAGGCGCGCUGGUGGGGUCAAGCCAUCGAGACCUUUGUGCGCAAGCAUGGGCGGGCCUUCCUGAGGGAGAACCGGUUUGGUUCCUUCGCCAGGCCUGAGGAGAACAUCCCGGCCAAAUGGUAUGUCAAUGGGAAGACCUUCAUGGAAGAUGUCGCCGAAGCCCUGGAGGCAGCCAAAGAGGAGAUCUUCAUCACAGACUGGUGGCUCAGUCCGGAGAUCUUCCUGAAGAGGCCAGUGGUGGAGGGUAACCAGUGGCGGCUGGACUGCAUGCUGAAGCGCAAGGCACAAGAAGGUGUCCGGAUCUUCGUGAUGCUGUAUAAGGAGGUGGAGCUAGCUCUGGGAAUCAACAGCGAGUACAGCAAGCGAACCCUGAUGCGCCUUCACCCCAACAUCAAGGUGAUGCGGAAUCCCGACCACGUCUCCUCCAGCGUCUACCUGUGGGCGCACCAUGAGAAGAUUGUGGUCAUCGACCAGUCAGUGGCCUUCGUGGGGGGGAUCGACCUGGCGUAUGGACGGUGGGAUGACCGCGAGCACCGGCUGACAGACGUGGGGAGCGUGACGCGUGCCUCGUGCGCUGAGCAGCAAUUCAAUGCUGUCAUCAACACAUCACUCGACAGCGCCCCCUCCAGUAGGGGUAAAGCCUCCAGCUCAAACGACAUCAAGCACCCGUCCAAGCCGAAGGGCAUGGGCAGAACCCGCAGGUCCCGCUUCAGUCUCUACAGGCACCUGCACAGACACACGCGGCAUCUUGGCGGCAGCAUCAGCAGCCUGGACAGCGCCGAGGAAAAAACGGGAUCCAUGCGCAGCCUGCAGACAGGUGUGGGCGAGCUGAUGGGAAACACGCGUUUCUGGCACGGCAAGGACUACUGCAACUUCGUCUACAAGGACUGGAUCCAGCUGGAGAAGCCUUUUGACGACUUCAUCAACAGGUACACCACUCCCAGAAUGCCCUGGCAUGACAUCGCCUCCGUGGUCCACGGGAAGGCAGCCCGGGAUGUAGCGAGGCACUUCAUCCAGCGCUGGAACUUCACCAAGAUAAUGAAACCGAAGUACAGAUCGCUGUCCUACCCUUUCCUGAUGCCCAAGUCACACAGCACUGCUAACGAGUUGAGGUACCAGGUGCCAGGCUGCGUCAACACUAAAGUGCAGGUUCUCCGGUCUGCCUCGGAUUGGUCGGCUGGCAUCAAGUACCACGAAGAGUCGAUUCACAAUGCCUAUGUCCAGGUGAUCGCUAAGAGCAAGCACUUCAUCUACAUUGAGAACCAGUUUUUCAUAAGCUGUGCUGACAACAGGCAAGUUCACAACAAGAUUGGGGAGGCCAUCAUAGAACGGAUCAUCAGGGCUUACAAGGAGAACAAGAAGUUCCGAGUCUAUGUGGUGACACCCCUGUUGCCCGGGUUCGAGGGAGACAUCAACACGGGGGGAGGCCACGCCAUCCAGGCCAUCAUGCACUUUAACUACAGGACUAUGAUCAAAGGUGAUUACUCCAUUAUUUCCCAGCUGAAGAAAGAAAUGGGGGACCAGUGGAUUAACUACAUCUCCUUCGGGGGCUUACGGACCCAUGCCGAACUGGAGGGCCGGCUGGUGACGGAGAUCAUCUAUGUGCACAGCAAGAUGCUCAUCGCCGACGACAACACCGUCAUCAUCGGUUCGGCCAACAUCAAUGACCGCAGCAUGCUGGGAAAGCGUGAUAGCGAGGUGGCGGUCAUCGUGGAAGACACAGAGAUGGUGGACUCUGUGAUGGAUGGACAGGAGUACAGGGCUGGACGGUUCGGCCUGCAAUUGAGGCUCGAGUGUUUCAGGACGAUCCUCGGCGCCUUCGCGGACCCUACCAUCGAGGUGACGGACCCCAUCAGCGAUCGCUUCUACAAGGAGGUCUGGAUGGUCAUAUCAGCUCGCAAUGCCACCAUUUAUGAAAAGGUGUUUCGCUGCCUGCCCUCCAGCGACGUGCGGAACAUGCAGGAGAUGGAGAAUUACUUGUGCAAGCUGGGUCUGGACAAGAUAGAUCCAGCUCGGGCUAAGGAGGAGCUAAAGAAGAUCCGCGGCUUCCUGAUCCAGUUUCCACUUAACUUCCUGAGCGAGCAGAACCUUCUGCCCCCAGUUGGCUCCAAAGAGGCCAUGGUCCCCAUGGAGACAUGGACCUGAGGUCCACUGAAUGUCCAGGACCAGGGCUAACGGGCCAGGGCUCCAGGGCUGCUGUCAGCAUGGCUCAUUCGCGGUGACUCUUCUGGAAACCACUGAGUGCAUCUACAGCACGGCUCUGAAUUUCCAGUGGGUGGCGCUGUCGGACACCCGUCACGGCACGUCCAGAACAAGCGCGCUCACAGACUCGCAGGUUUUUGUACCAACCUGCACUCUUCCUCUCACCAAACUUCGUGAUAAACCAUUUUCUAAAGACAGUAACACCUUGUAAUUACGGAAUUAAAUGUGCGUCUCCGAUAUUAAUCUAUGGUCAAGUAACAGUGCCAAAGCUAUUUUUAUUCAAGCUCUUAAUAGAUCUUUUUAAAAAGGAAUUAAGUGCCUCUUUAGAGGAGCAGUAAAACUGAAGUGUAUAAUGUGAAAAGGUGGACACAGGCUGCCCUAAACUCAAUAAAUCCCCUCUUUGUGUGGGAAUUUGACAACCAUGGUCCUGCUUUAAGGAAGAAGCAAAAUACAGAGGCCGUCAGGGGUCAUCUGUCAGCUCUCUUCGCUACAUUGAUGAUAUCUUAAAGCUUUCAAAACUUCAUGUAUGACCUCUGCCUUGAGGAACAAGAAGAGGAAUAUCUCCCCCCCCCCCAACCUGGCGAGGGGGGGUCAGGAUACUAUGACACUGGACUCUCUUGGUAUGCCAGUGAUGAGGCUCCUACCCAGCGUCCACUCGCAGUACCCCUGUCGAGCAGACAGAGGGCGUCCCUCUUUCAGGUUUUCAUCUGGCAGUACGCCACAAUUUCGCUCCUGUCGUUAGACCAGAAACCACCAUGUGUUUUUAGUUAUUUAUCUUUGCACAGGCCAUUCAAGGUUUCCCACGUUCGUCGCUCUCUGUGCACCCUAUGCAGAAAUGAAAACAUUAAGUAAAAUUUUAUACUGAAAUUACAUUAUUAUUAUUUUAGGGCUGGCAUUCUCUCCAGUCUGAAGUCCCGCCUUGUGCCCAGGUCGCCCAUGACCCUGACCAGCUUGUAUGAAUUAUAUUAACAUCAAGGUACAUUUUCCCUGCCAGAUCUUUAUUCUCCCCCCAAAGUAUCACACCAACCGACUCUGAGCUGGCUAACCCUUUCAAUGUCAUCUUUGGUUUAAUUUAUCCUAGUGAUAAUUUAUAACUUUUAUGUUGAUUAAUUUCAGAAUCUCAUCAUUUUAUGUGUUUCUCACAAGGAGUGACAGCUGACUCGAAACUUACAAAACAGACCAUUGACACAUAAAUAUAUAAAUGAAAAAUCACUCUGAAUGCGGUGUGUAAGGAAUAUGACACUUGGCGCAGCUGGUCAGAAAACCAGUGGAUGGAUACAUGGUGGGUUAGGGGCAGGUGGACACGAUUGUAUGAACAGAGGAGGGUAAUUCCAGUCCUGAGGGUAAAAGUCCAGAUCAAGAUUUUGUUUCAACCAACCAGUUGAGUUACUCUGUGAGAGACUAUUUAUACUCAUCUGGUUGGUUGAAACAAAAUCUUGAUCUGGACCCGAACUAUCCACCUGUGAAGCGGUUUCUCACAGCUGCAGGCGUCUCAGAACUGUGCCGUACAAUUCGGCCAUGGCUGCUACUUAACACGUCUCCUGUGAAAGGCACCAGAAAGAGGGUCACUAACGGCACUAAGGAAAAUCAUCUCGGAAAUAGUGGGGUGACAUGAAAAUGUGCUUUUACAGGAACAGCUCUGCGCCUCUGACAGACUGUGAUGCAGGUGUGUCAGUGGGAACUGAAGGCUGCAUAAAUUCACGAGACGUUUGACCAGUCGUGCCAAAAGCCGCACGGCCAAUAUAAAGUGUCCCAUGAUAACGUGCACACUGAGUAUGAGGUUCAGCCGGUCAGGAUGCUGUGUCUGUGAUCAGACGAUUGCUGCUUUGAAUCCCAGUGUCUGCGGGGUGAUUUCACUCUUCAGCCCUUAAGCGAGGCCCCCAGUUACUCCGGGGACUGGCUGACCUGUUCUGUGCAUCGCUUAGUAUAGAAGCAUCUGCUCUAACAGCAACAGAGAGGAAUGCAGAUCAAGGAUAAACUCUAUUGUGGUGUUUGUAAACAGGUGCAAUGAUUGCAGUAAACAUGAUGAGCUGUGUUCAUGCUUGUGAAAGUCUGUGUGCAAUGUUGAAAUCUAUUCUCUCAUGAGUACCUGGUUCCAUCAGAUAAAUGAACAACGAUUCUGUUAAACAACUAAUACUAUUAUACAUUCAGUGAUUUUAGCUACUGUGUAAUGGGUCAAUGAACCUACUGGAACAGAACGGCGAGAUCUCAGUGACCUGCUUCAGGCAAUACAACGUGUGUCUUGUAAUGUGUCUUAAAAUGAUCCUUGAUAUUCCUAAUGUAGACAGCUAUUUUAUGUUUCAUUGAAAUUUUUUUUUAUCGAAAUGCC